AUGGCGGCGCCCGCGCGGCCGCCGUGCGGCGCCAUGGCGGCGGCCGUGCCGGUGGAGCGCGUCGUGGAGGCGCUGGAGCUGCUGCUGGGGCGGCCCGCGGGGGACAACGACGACGAGGAGGAAGAGGCUGAGGAGGGCGCCUGGGCACCGGAGACGCUGCGGAGCAACGUGCGGGCGCUGGAGGAGCGUCUGCAGCGGGAGCCGGGCUGGGCGGCGCUGCGCGGCCUGCGCGCCGCCCCGCUGCUCGCCCGCCACCUGCGCCCGCUGCUCGCCGCGCUCUGCCUGCUGGGCCACGGCCCCGCCGCGCGCAACCAGGGCGUUUCRGAGGAGGAGCGGGCGCAGUGCCGGGAGACCUUGCGGCAGCUCCUGGACCGCGUCUACCAGCCGCUGGCCGUGCAGGAGCUGCUCGUGCUGCAGGGCGGAUCCAAGCAGGUACCGCGGCUGCCAAGCACAAAGCUCCGCGUGAGAACCCCCGCGUGGCUGCGGCGCCUCUGCGGCCAGCUGCUCUCCGAAAGGCUGCUCAGACCGCGCGGGGUGCACGCCGUGCUGCGGGGCGUCCUGGAGGGCGCGGGCGGUAGUGGCGGAGCUGAGGCCGCUGCUGUGGACUGGAAGAAGUGUGACGUGGUUGCAAAGAUCCUCGCCGCCUGCCCCCAGCAGUGCCUCUCCGUCGAGGAUUACUACACACUCGUGUGCCCUCAGAUCCUGGAUUUGCUGCACAUCCAGGAUAAGCAGACGGCGCGGCAGUUCCAGAGGGUGGCCACCACGACAAUUCUCACCAUGGCGAAAGGGCACCCUCAGCUGGCGGAGAAGCACCUGCUGCAGCCCAUGCUGGCCCCGCUGCUGCGGUGCUCCGAUGCUGCAGACGUGGCAGUGGAAGAUGUAUCAGCUGGGACUGUGCUGGUGCAGGAGGCAGAGCUCAGCAGCUGCGUGGAGGAUGUCUUCAAGGUGUAYGUAGCUGGGAACGACAGCUCCAGCCUGCUGCUCGGAUCCUUACAGCCAGUCCUGGGAGUGAUUUUUGCCCUCUACUCCUUCACCAAGCAGAAUGCGUCCUACUUACGCUCGCCCUGCCAGGAGAUCCUGCUGUGGUUCUUGGAGAAGGCGGAGCGGGAGGUGUCGCUCUCCAUGCUGGAGGGGCUGGCGGGGCUGGAGAGCAGCGUGCCCGUCCUGCACCCCCGGUGCCAGCUCCGCGCGGGCGGCGAYGGCGGCGCUGUGGCGGUGCUGCGAGAGACCAUCAGUGAUGAAGAUGAGGCCCUAUACCAGAAGGUUUCCUCGGAGCAGUGGCACMUGGAGACCCUGGUGGAGCUGCUGUCCCACUGCCAGAAGAGCGGUCUAGCCGGGGACUUCUUCCUCCGCUGCCUGAAGGCGCUGACUCAGGUGGCUGCGGAGGACGGGGUGGCUGCGGGCACCGCUCCCACGGGUGCAGGGAACCUCCUGGAGCUGGAGCGGCGGCACGCGGGGCACCGGCGGCAGCUGCUCGUGCUGCAGCUCGUGGCCAUGCUCUGCGAGGGCCUCUCCGACACCGUGUUCACGGACGUCGCUCAGAUCGUGGACUUGGUGGCGGCGACGCUGCAGCGAGCCUGUGCCAGCCUACCGUGGGGCGGCGCGGUGGAGGCACAGACRCUCAGCAUGGCCAUGGGGCUCGUGGCGGCCGUCAUCGGUGGCGCCGUGCAGCUGAAAUCGAGCGACUUUGCGGAGCUGAAGCGGCUGCUGCCCGUGCUGGAGGACGUGUCCGUGAGCCACCCCGAGCCUGUCAUCCAGGAGCUGGCCGCGGACCUGCGCGCCGCCAUCUGCACCCACGGCGCCUUCGCCGCCGGCACCGUGGGCGCCGCGGCCGAGCACGUGCUGGGGAGGACRCCGAGGAGCCGGGGCAGCGGCGCGGGACCAGUCCGCAACGUUCCGGGAUCGGCCCCCGCGGCGCCCGGCGAGGACACGCACCGGGAGCAGAGCCCCCGCGCCACCGCCGCAGCCCCAGCAUCACUCCAGGAGCUGCUGCUCUCCGCAUACGACCCCCAGGUGCCCGUGCGGGCCGCCGCUCUGCGCACUCUUUCCAGCCUGAUCAAGCAGCGGGAUCCAGAGGGGCUCCGCAUGCAGGAGAAACUCCUGCAGGUUUUCCUAGAAAACYUGCAGCACGAGGACUCUUUUGUCUACCUCUCUGCCAUUCAAGGUGUUGCCCUGCUCUCCAACGAGUACCCGGAGCAAAUCCUGCCGGUGCUGCUGGCCCAGUACGGGAGCGCGGCGCCGGGCCCGGCGCAGCCCGCGGCCACCCGCAUGAAGCUGGGCGAGGUGCUGAUGCGCACGACGCGCGCGCUGGGGGACAUGGUGACGGUGCACGGGGCCGCGCUGCUGCACGCCUUCCUGCGGGGCUCGCGCGACGCCGAGGCCGCGCUGCGCGCCAGCAGCCUCUCCAACCUGGGCGAGCUGUGCCAGCGGCUGCGCUUCCAGCUGGGCGCCGUGCUCCACGAGGUGACGUCCUGUGUGACUGCCAUAGCCAAGACCGACCCCGAGGCCGAGGUGCGGAGAGCGGCCGUGCACGUCGUGGUGCUGCUGCUCCGGGGGCUCAGCGAGAGAGCCACCGAGGUGCUGGGGGACGCCCUGCGGGAUCUCUACCGGCUGCUCAAGUGGGUGGUGGCCAUGGAGAGGGACGGCGCGGCCGUGCUGCACGCACAGCUCGCGCUGGAGGAGCUCGACGAGGCCGUGCGCAGGCAGCUCUUCCCGCCGCAGAGCCUGCAGAAGAGGAUCGUGGUGCUGCCCUAGCGCCCCGGGCACGGGGACGCGGAGCCGGCACRCUGACACCGGCCACCCCUGCCCUGCGCUCGCUGCGAAGCUACCUGGGCAGCACYGGCCACUGCUGCUCUGGCCAUGGACAAUUAAAAAGGAAAAUUCCUCA